CUCCGAAUUAUUAGUAUGUACCUAGCUACGCAGUCUGCCCCCUAAACCGGAUGAUCCGGCUUGGGGUGCCUACAGUGAAUGGAUUUACAGACCUAGGUAUCUAUAUAUGCAUCCUGCCAAGGGGCUCUUGAGGUAUCUAUCUACACCGACUCGGGUAAUUACGAUUACCUAGAACAAUGGACAAGGGGAGGGAGCGGAAGAAUGCAACAUCAUCUUCUUCUACACCCCUAUGUGCCUAUCUACUUACCUCUUCUUCUAAGGGGUAGGUACAUAACCUACCUGACGUUAAUAUGCAGCAAUCCCCAACAUCCACAUGCUUCCUUGGGCUUGGCCUACCUAGGUACCUAGGUACUGCCUCUGCACGAUACCCGCCGCCCGGGUACCUGUACCUCGGGUACCUAGGUAACCUGGCUGACCCAGCUCUCUGACCACGUUCUCGGUACCAGACUUGCAGGUACCAGAAGGCUUACGAUACACCGACACCAAUUGCAAGCCCGAACCCGUCCGUCAUCCAAGUCCCCCCCCAAACCCGAACAUUGUCGCGGCCGCAUCAAUAAUUCCACUCAAAUCCCACCGGGCCAUACCAUCCACCUUUAUCCCUCAACUUCUCCGUCCGAAAUCUCCCUCCUCGCCCAUCCACCUUUCUCAUCCCCCAUCUCUCUGCGAAGAAGCGCCCGUCUGCCUUGGUCAGGCCCCUUCCAUCGAACGAAUCCGUACUGCGAUGUCCACUGCCACCACUGCCGCCUCCGGGGUCGCUCCCGUCACGGAGAAGCACCUGGAGAAGAAGCCCAUCAAGUUCUCCAACUUGCUUCUCGGCGCUGGCCUCAAUCUCUUUGAGGUCACCACCCUCGGCCAGCCCCUCGAGGUCUGCAAGACCCAUCUGGCUGCUAACCGUGGCGAUUCCUUCGCUGCUGCCCUGCGCAGCAUCUGGAACCGCGGUGGCGUCCUCGGAUUCUACCAGGGCCUGAUCCCCUGGGCCUGGAUCGAAGCCUCGACCAAGGGCGCCGUCCUGCUCUUCGUUGCCUCCGAAGCCGAAUACUAUGCCCGGGUGGCCGGGGCCUCGGAGUUCGGCGGCGGGAUCAUCGGCGGCGUCACCGGCGGCGUCGCGCAGGCGUACGCGACGAUGGGGUUCUGCACGUGCAUGAAGACGGUCGAGAUCACGCAGCACAAGCUGGCGGCGUCGGGCGUGAAGCCGCCGAGCACGUUCGCGACCUUCAUGGGCAUCUACCGCAAGGAGGGCAUCCGCGGCAUCAACCGUGGCGUUAACGCCGUCGCCAUCCGCCAGAUGACGAAUUGGGGCUCGCGCUUCGGCCUGUCGCGCCUCGCCGAGCAGGGCAUCCGCCGCCUGACGGGCAAGGAGCACGGCGAGAAGCUCAGCGCGAUCGAGAAGAUCACGGCGUCGGCCCUCGGCGGUGGCCUAUCCGCCUGGAACCAGCCCAUCGAGGUCAUCCGCGUCGAGAUGCAGAGCAAGAAGGAGGACCCCAACCGGCCGAAGAAGAUGACGGUCGGCAACACUUUCAAAUACAUCUACGAGACCAACGGUUUGAGGGGUUUGUACCGCGGCGUCAUGCCGCGCAUCGGGUUAGGCGUUUGGCAGACGGUUUGCAUGGUGGCCAUGGGUGAUAUGGCCAAAUCCUACGUGGAAAAAUUAACCGGUGACCAGGUCACCGCGAAGCAUUAGGCGGCGUUAAACGGGUUUCGGGUGUGCCAUGUGGGAUAGAGCUAGACCAGGGGAAGGGAAACAAUGCGGAGGAAGGAUUGCGGAUUUCCCUUCCUGACGCCAUUAAUGUCUGGACCUUGCUUUUUUAUUUCUGUUUGGGG